UCAAAACAAAAAUCAUUCUACAGUUCAACUGCCGACACGAAAUCCCACCCUCGGACGGAUACGCACACUCCACCAAACUUCAAACUUCAAACUUCUCAAGAGGAAGGAAGGCACAGAUCGGAUCGAACUUCUGCUGCAACCCUUUUUUCUCUCGAGUAGGACUCCGGGGAGUGAAAAGCAAUUCCCAAUCCAUCACCCGGAGCCUGUUUCAAUCUCGUUGUCUUUCUUGUAUGUUGACUGUGAGGUAACUGGCAAUUCUGGGGUUUGAAGGUAUUUAGUUGUGUUUGUUUUAGGAUUUGGGUGGCAGAGAAAGAAUGUGGUGAAGGCACAUGGUGAAGGGCAAUUCCUGUACCUAAAAGUGCUGAGAAAAGUAAAUUAAGGAAGACAAUAGGAGAUCAGGAAUUAUAUGGGAAGCUUAUUCCCACCUGGUGGCUAUAUGAGGCAGUAAAUUAGCAAUACUUUUGUUUUAAGUUGCUAUUGCUUGAGCUGCGUGGAUUGGGAGAGAGAUAUUCUAUUAAAUAUAUUUCUUUGAAGUAUGGAUCAUGCUGGAGAAAUUGAUCGUGGUUCUCCUACUACGGAUUUGAGAGGUCGAAAUGACAGUUAUGUGCCUCUAGACAUUGAAAGUAAUGAUGGUAUUGAUAAAAGUUAUACACAUGGCACCAAUGGCGUUAAUCACAUUGAUUAUCGCGGUCCGUAUGGCAAAAACGCAAAGAGCCCUAUAUCUGCUGCAGAUGUGCUGAAGACAUUGUUUUUCAUACUGGUUUGGUACACAUUCAGUACAUUCUUGACCCUUUACAACAAAACUUUGUUAGGGGACGACUUGGGGAAAUUCCCUGCCCCACUAUUGAUGAACACUUUCCACUUUGCAAUGCAAGCUGCAUUGUCGAAGGCCAUUACAUGGUUUUGGUCUCACAGAUUUCAUUCUCCUGUUAUGUCAUGGAAAGAUUACUUUGUUAGAGUUGUACCAACGGCUCUGAGUACUGCAAUGGAUGUAAACUUAAGCAAUGAAUCCCUGGUUUUCAUCUCUGUUACAUUCGCCACAAUGUGUAAAUCUGCAGCACCAAUAUUUCUCCUCCUAUUUGCCUUUGCUUUCAGAUUAGAGUCACCAAGUGUUAAGCUGGUUGGCAUUAUCUUUGUGAUUUCUCUUGGGAUACUAUUAACAGUCGCAAAGGAAACAGAAUUUGAGUUUUGGGGGUUUGUAUUGGUUAUGCUUGCUGCUGUUAUGUCUGGAUUUCGUUGGACAAUGACUCAAAUUCUGCUUCAGAAAGAAGCCUAUGGUCUUAAAAAUCCACUUACUUUGAUGAGUUAUGUGACCCCAAUUAUGGCAAUUGCAACUGCUGUACUUUCUCUGACAUUGGAUCCGUGGCAUGAGUUCAGAACCAGCAGUUACUUUGACAGUUCUUGGCACAUCAUGAGAAGUUGUUUGCUCAUGGUCUUUGGUGGAACCCUGGCUUUCUUCAUGGUAUUAACAGAAUAUGUUCUUGUGUCAGUGACUAGCGCUGUAACAGUAACAAUAGCUGGGGUUGUAAAGGAAGCUGUAACUAUCGUGGUAGCUAUUUUUUAUUUCCAUGAUGCAUUUACAUGGAUGAAGGGAUUCGGCCUUCUAACUAUUAUGGUUGGCGUCAGUUUAUUUAACUGGUACAAGUACCUGAAAUUAAAAAAGGGUGAGACUGCCGUUGCAGUAGAACAAGAUGCUGCAGCUUCGAAGUAUGUGAUUCUUGAUGAGAUGGAUGAGGAAGAAAAUGCUCUUGAGAAGGCUCAACUGUCCAAUGGAAUUAAUGAACAUGAGUCGGUAGCAUCAGAUGACAUCCAGGAGGCUGGUGGCUUCGUCUCUGGUGACAACAGGUAGUACUUCAAAUCUCACCACCGUGCCCAUUUGUGUAUGCCGGGAUUUUUCCAAGGUCCAUGUAUCAUUAUUGAAGCCAUUGGUUGCUGUUGGCUGAACACUAGUUUGAGAUGAGAUGUAGUAAUUUUUGUGUGCCAAUUUGGUGAAAAUGUUGGGAGAUGAGAUAUGAUGACCUUUUGAUAUUCUCAUCUCAAAUUAUUCACUCCUAAUUCAAAAUAUUUUCCUCCAUUAUCAAUGUAUAUUCGAAUUUCAUACAAUGGAUUGGGUUCAAGCCAAAAUUUUAUUACCAGUUCAAUUUUGGAAAUGGAUUGGGUUGCUCUGAUCUGGUCUGGUCUAGGCUAAAUCUGAC